CCGUGUGUGCUCGGGACAGGGGAGGGCGGACAGCCCUGAUUUUGUUAGGGGCUGCACAAAGCCCAGCCCUCAUACGGGUGACACGGGCUCUGUGAAGUCGCGAUUAUUACGGUUAUCAGUGCCCAGCAGGCUGGCUGCUGUCUAAGAGUUAUUUGUGGCCUUUGUGCAGCUAUAAAUGGAAACCGCCGGCGCUCUGAAGCUAUCGCCGCGGCGCUGGGCUGGACCCCGCAGAGGGGGAUACUGAAAGGCGCCGUGAGUUUGAGCAUGUAGACAAGAGGACUCUACCACCGACUGGGGAAACUUUCACUGCAGGACGAGACGCGGACACAUGGAGAAACCCAAACCAAAGGAGGGCAUGCGGAAGUUCCCGUGCGAGGUGACCACCGUCAGGCUUGUUUCAUUCUCCUUUGUGCCAGCCCUGAAAAAACUGCCAACUGAAAGCACUGUAACUCUGGGAGAAGAGGAAAGACAGCCGAUGAGGAGAUCGAAUGAGUAUGUAGGGACGCUGAAGGAAGCAGCCGCAGGUCAGACCAUGUCUGGGGACGGAGUGUUCAAGGCGGAUUUUGUGUACGUUGGUGGUGAUGUGGACGAGGGGGAUCCCGGGAAUCGGCGGACCCGGCUGGCCAAGGAGACCACAGUCAGACAGGAGGCGCACUCUCAGCUAAAUCUGUCUGCUGAACACAUGAUGCAAGGCCAACUCACUCCUUCUCAAAUCACUGCCCCCUCGGAGAGCACAGCUCGUAUCUCUCUUAACAUGAGUCCAGCAAUAAAUGCUGUCAUGGAAACGGCCAAUGACAAACACCGCUCCACGGAUGUGCGUGGCUGUGACGCCUCGUUCGGGAGUAAGGUGUCUCCAGGUCUCCUUUUGAACCAAGUGCCUGAUAAAUGGACGACUCUGAUUUCGGACCGCGGGGUGACUCACUCUGCUGAGCUGCUGGAAACACCGGCCUCCUCGAGAGAGUCAGUGCUGUCCGAGGACUGGUUUGGCCCUCGCUUUCUCUCCUCCGAGGGGUCCCCUGCAUCCCUCAGUCGUACCAUCUCUCCCUGUUCCUCCGUGAGGUCCGGGGUGUUCACCCCGUCCGUGAUACGAGUCAAGCGCCACUCCCUGGCCCCGGGCUCCAGCUUGGUGUGGAACUUACAACCCUGCCUCUCUCCGGCUUCCAGCCUCGCCCCUUCGCCCUGCCCCCCGUCCCCUGGAACGGGGAGGGCAUGGCACAGGCCCCCGCCCACCCAGCUCACCCUGCUCACCGCCAUUCUGAGGAAAGGCCGUCUGCCUGUCUUAUCCUCCGUCCAGCAGAGGGCGUACUCCCCCUGCUGGCCCAUCAGUGCAGUCAGCCUGUCCUCCUGCAGCGCCUGCAACGCUGCUGCCAAGCUGGCCCUCUUCUGUCCCGGUGUGGCCAGGAGUGGCAAGGCCCAGACCGCCAUAGCGGCACCCCAGAGAGAAGCCCUGCACAUGCUCACGCAUGGCCCUGAGUCUCAGUGCCUCAGAUGUCUCACACCUCCUCCAUCUCCCGACUUGUUUGAGUCCAACACCUUUGAUCCACCUGUACGAUCGCUGAGCCAGUCACCUCAAUAUGCCUUACGCCAAGGUUCUACUAACUUUACCUGGCAGAGAGUCACCUCCCCAACCCAAGAGCGUGGAGUCACCUCCCCAACCCAGCAGCGUGGAGUCACCUCCCCAACCCAGCAGCAUGGAUUCACCUCCCUGACGCAGCAGUGCAGAGUCACCUCCCCAACCCAGCAGCAUGGAGUCACCUCCCUGACCCAGCAGUGGAGAGUCACCUCCCCAACCCAGCAGCUUGAAGUCACCUCCCCUACACAGCAGUGUGGAGUCACCUCCCCUACCCAGCAGCAUGGAGUCACCUCCCCUACCCAGCAGCAUGGAGUCACCUCCCCAACCCAGCAAUGUGGAGUCUCCUCCCCAACCCUGCAGAGUACAGUCACCUCCUCAACCCAGCAAUGUGGAAUCUCCUCCCCAACCCUGCAGAGUACAGUCACCUCCCCAACCCAGCAACGUGGAGUCACCUCCCCAACCCAGCAGCAUGGAUUCACCUCCCUGACGCAGCAGUGCAGAGUCACCUCCCCAACCCAGCAGCAUGGAGUCUCCUAUCAAACCCUGCAGAGUACAGUCAUCUCCCCAACCCAGCAGCAUGGAGUCACCUCCCUAACCCAGAAAAGCGACGCUGCAUCGCCGAUCUCUCCUUCUGCUCCUGUCACAAAGGCUGCACCUGCUGUCCAAAAUUUGCCAUUCUCCAUUAAUCCACAGGGGACCCUUCCCCCGGUGUCCAACCCAGUGCUGUCCUCCUCCUUUUUAAGACUCCGCUCCCUGGCCCUUAAAAACAGCUCUCCAUCCCCUUGUGCCACAGGGGACUGCUCUGCACCCUCCCCUGUGCCCAAACUCUCCUGUACCCCAGUGUCCAAACUCUCCUGUACCCCAGAGCCCAAACUCUCCUAUACCCCAGAGCCCAAACUCUCCUAUACCCCUGAGCCCAAACUCACCUGUACCCCAGUGCCAAGACUCACCUAUACCCCAGAGCCCAAACCCACCUGUACCCCAGAGCCUAAACUAUUCUGUACCCCUGAGCCUAAACUCUCCUGUACCCCAGAGCCCAAACUCAGUAGUAGCCCAGUGCCCAAACUCUCCUUUACCCCAGAACCCAAACUCACCAGUAACCCAGUGCCAAGACUCACCUAUACCCCAGAGCCCAAACCCACCUGUACCCCAGAGCCUAAACUAUUCUGUACCCCUGAGCCUAAACUCUCCUGUACCCCAGAGCCCAAACUCAGUAGUAGCCCAGUGCCCAAACUCUCCUUUACCCCAGAACCCAAACUCACCAGUAACCCAGUGCCAAGACUCACCUAUACCCUAGAGCCCAGGCGUGAUGAUAUACAGUCUUCACCUGCACCCUCUCCAGUACCCAAACUCACAUUUGUGCCAUCGCCCAGCUGCAGUGAAGCAAGGUGUUUAUCUCCCCUCCAGACUAGCAUCAGAAUGUCCCCCCUUUCAGAGAAGCUGUGCCCCCAACCCCCCGCCUGCCGCCUAUCCCCGUCUCCAUGGACUCCGACGCUCUCGCCCUCCCCCAGCGCGUCCCUGUGCACACUGGGCCUGCUUUCACCGCUCCCUGACUCGCACUCCUCCACGCCCGACCGCCUGAGUCUCUCCCCCUCUCCGGCGACCUCCAGCCACGACCUCCUCACCCCGUCACCCUCUGUCUCCCCCUCUCUCUCCCCGUCCGCCUCUCCGGUCCCCAAGAGCGACAGCGACAGGGCAGGUAGAAAGAGAAAGUACAAGAUCAAGUCGAGCUACAAGGCCUUUGCAGCGAUUCCCACAAACACCCUCCUUCUGGAGCAGCAGGCAAUAGAUGACAAGGUGGAGAAAGAAGGGUGUCCCCUAGAGGCAGAAGCGGACAGGGUGACAGAGACACACUCAGAGAUGUGCUCACCAGCCCAGCUGAGGCAGCAGUCAGAAGAGCUGUAUGCUGCCAUUGACCAGGUUUUACUGGAUCCCCUCCCCAUGCACCGGUCACAGUCUGCUCCGCUGCCCUCGGAGACACUAGAGGAUGCCGAGGUGCCGAGGAGACUUACAUCCUUACCAAGGUCUGCAGGGCGGGAAACUAAAUAUGCAAUCUUCCACCUGCAACCCUCUGGUUCUGCUGAAAGAAAUCUGACUAAGCCAGGUGUCAUACGUCCAGUGACAGUUAUACCAAAAUUAACUGAGGAAGAGGAGGAUUUCCCAAACCCAUUCCGACAGCAGUACCUGGAAGAGACACCUGAGGAGCAGAGCCAGAAGCCCCGGCACCCAAUAGUGACUGUCCACGAGAACGAGGCUCUGAGCUGCAGUGAGUUUGUGCGCACCCCAGCUGGCCAGACUGCACAGCUGGCUGAGGACCGCAGAGACGCUGGGAGCCCCACAUUCAGAAAAGGAGACGUCAGAAGAACGGAUGAAAUGGUCCUCCUGAUAACUGAAAAAGAAGUGACCAGCACGCCGCCAGUGGCAGAGGGAUCCUCAAAAUUAGGUCCGGCCUCCUUCAACACAGCACGCGUGAAAACAGAGGUCCGUGAGACCCACAUUUAGGUGGUUCCAGGGUGAGGUGAGGACAAAGCAGUUGUGAGAUGGCAGUGCCUCCUCUUUUAUCCAAUAGAUGAGGAUUAAAAAGCCAUGCAGUAUUCACACUAAUUUCUAAGGCUUAUUAUACGUACACAUAUGUGUAAAAAUGUGACGCUAGCCAUGUAUCCUGAUUCACAAAGAAAAAAAAAUGACCAAAGAGGACAGAAGGUAAAGCUAUUGAGGGUGGAUCCACAAAAAAUGAUCCAUCUGCUUAACCAUGAAUGAACAUAACAUUUAUAUGCAGUUUAAGGUUAAUGCAAAUUUGACUGAACCCUUCUAUUCUGGGUAAAACAAGGGUACUUAACAUAUGAAAAUACACCAGCAUUUCACUUUAAGCCCGAACUGUGAAUGCAAAUGCCUUCUUAAAAGUAAUGCUCAAUGAAAAGAAGAGCAGGAGGGGACAGCACUUCAAAACGUUUCAUAAACAGCCUUAAGUAAAGUAAACACAAAAGGAUUUACAAUGAGAGACGCAAUAAUUAUGGGAUUGGGUACACGGAAGACCCAGUUGGUAGGUGUGUUAGAGUUACCUCCUAAUAUAAAUGAAAUAAAAACAGUUAACAGGUUGUACAGUUACUCCUCUUGGCAAUGUUUAAAAACUAGAACUUUAGUUAGUGUAGCACAGAAACCAGUCCUUGAAAUAAAGGAUGAAAUAAAAUGAAUUACGUAUGUAUCUGCAGUUCUGUGAGUCCUAGAUGACUGCCAGAGUUCUCUGUUACUCAGCAUCGUCACAGCUAUGUGAGAUGAUUCAGCAGGACAGAUUCUCGAAUGACAGGACUAUUUAUGCAUUUGCUUACGUCAUCCUGUGUCACGGGUGAAUUGUUGGUAUAAGUUUUGUGACCCGCACUAGUGUGAGACAGAAGAUAUUCAGUAUUGAGCAGUGCCUUUGGUGGUCAUCCAGGAUUCCUAGAGCUGCAUUUACCUUCAUGACUCGUUUGAUAUAGAUAACAGAUCUUUCUGAUGUUCCACUGUGUGUAUAUAUAUGCUGUUUGAUGCCUCCAUGACAUUUACUUGUGUUUUAUUGUGACACGUGAGCUUCGUUCAAGCUUGCCAUGGUUUUUAUGGGUUUUGUCUUUGCUAACUGUGACCAACCAUAAACCUUUUCCCUUUCUGUGUAAUUGCCUGCUUUAAAAAAAAAAAAAAACGUUUAGUGAAUUGGCUCUAAAACAGAGAUGCACUAGGCUGACAAAAAGCCUAUAAUCAGAGGUCAGUUAUUAGUCUUGCUAUAUUUGUCCUUCAGAGGCACACAAUAACAGGACAAGACAUAAAUUCAUACACUGCUAAUGCCCUUAAUAUUACAAUCUUAAUUGUGACACAUGGACUAAACACUUUCAAAUUAUAUGACAAGAUGCCAUUAUCCAUCCUUCCAUCCAUUAUCUAUACCUGCUUAUCCCGGGCAGGGUCACGGGGGAAAGAUGCCAUUAUUCCAGCUGUAAAUUGAAGCUUUUGAUGUACUAUAUAGUUCAUUUGUAAUGUACUGGAGUACAGAAGAAAUGUAUAUUUACUGCAUAUUAGUAUUUUUUAAAUAAAAAAAAUAUUUUUACAUUCGAAAAUGAUUACAUAUAAUAAUUUUUGGAUGACAUAUGUAAUUGAGGACUCAAAAUAAUCCCAUUAAAAAAAUAUUUAUAGCAGAUAAAUGUUUUUGAGAGUGGAAUGUGAAAGAUGGUUGGCCUAUCUGGGUAACGUUGUUCCUGAUAUUCUCAAAUAUUGGGUCCAGGUCUCCGAGCCAUGGACUUCACUUUUUCAUUUUAAUCACUGAUGCACACACUGACUAAAACCACGCAGAACAUGUCUCCCGAUUUCUCAGUAGAGAAAUAAAGAAAAAGGAAAGUGUUUUGUGUGGUGCUAUAAAAUAAUUUUAAAGUGUUUAGUCUUUCAUAUUCUUAUAAGUUUGAAUAUAAACUAAAAUAAAGCACAGGCUGUUGUAUAGCUAUUUUUCCACAAUUAAACCGAUAGAUUCCUACUAUAAAGCUAGAUUGAUAUUAUUGAAUAUAUAUGUUGGAAAAAAUUAUUAACUGCAACUGUGUUAAAUGCAAAUAACCAACAAAUGUUUGAUUGACUGUUUAAUGUAUAAGUUGAAUUACUGUAGUUUGGUUCUAGGGAAAAUAUCAUGUAUCUGUAUUCAAUGAACUAAUAACUUGCCAUGUUCAAGCACAUAUAAAUUGGCUUUUGAAUAAGA